CUUCCAUCGCAUCAUCAAGACCGGCCUACUAAAGUAAGAAGCUCCGAUGGAGCUCGAUCCUCGUCUUGGCGCAACUGGCGAUAGAGCCUCAGCAUUAGCAAAUUUUGCCACGGAGGCAACCUCAAGACCAUCGCCAGUCCAUCAUGUCCCUCAUGGCAAUAGUGCCCUGAUACCAGUCCACGACUUACAGGAUGAUCACAACAGUGCCGAGAACACCCCCAGCGCAUCGACCGAAAAUCGAGAUACGCCACAACAUCAAAACCAACAGCUUCAAGAUGCCGAACACGACGGGGACGGCACCGAUACGAAGCGACCGAGGGCCUGUGAGGCAUGUCGUGGGCUUAAGGUUCGCUGCGAACCGGAUCCCAAUGACGAGGGACCUUGUAAGAGAUGCCGGAAGGCUGGAAGGAAUUGCGUCGUGACAAUGCCAACGCGAAAGCGCCAGAAGAAGACGGACAGCAGAGUGGCUGAGCUGGAAAAGAAAAUUGAUGCCUUGACAGCGAGCUUGCAAGCAAGAGCGACACCUGGGGGAGGCCAAGCGCAUACACAAAACCAAGGUCACGGCUGGGGAGACUCUCCUGGAAACGUUGCGCCGAAACCACCCAACGAAUCCAACACAGCCGCUUCUUCUUACAAUAACAUGAAAUGGCGAAACCCCGGGCAAACCCCUGCAUGGGGGUCGUUUUCAUCGGCGCAAUCACCCAUGCCGUCGAUGCCGACCGUGGAACAAACGACAGACCGCGCAUCCCCAGCCCAGUCCACGGCAGCAUUAGCUACAGCAGCCACUGGGCAAAAGAGGAAGUUUACAGAUGGCCGUGAAGGCUCAUCUGAACAGCUUGCUACCGAGGAAACACCAGCCGAAGCUCUGGCGGCUUAUCUGACAAGGGCAAAGGGUGGUGAUAUCGUGGACCGUGGUGUUAUCACGAUGGAGAAAGCUGUUGAGCUAUUUGCUCGUUACAAUGACCACAUGAUUUCACACCUGCCGGCUAUUAUCUUCCAACCUGGUUUCACAGCAUCCGAGCUUAGAAAAACAAAACCUAUACUAUUUCUGGCCAUCAUGGCAGUAGCCUCUGCUGAGUCACCUGCCCUCCAGAAGGUGCUCCAAAAAGAGAUGAAGCUCACAUUCGCCGAAAAGGUGAUGCUUUCGGGCGAGAAAGGCUUAGAGCUAGUGCAAGCACUCAAUGUAGCCGUGAUCUGGUAUUGGCCACCAGAACAUUUUGAGGAGCUGAAGUUUUAUCAGUUGGUCCACACGGCGGCUGUUAUGGCUAUCGAUAUUGGACUCGGCCAGAAAUUGAAACAGCGCCGUGGAAUAGUCGUGCCUGAUACCUGGCGUCCUAACCCAAGUACCGGACCAGGUGGCCAGAGCCGUCGUUGGGCACCCCCUGAUCCAACAAGCAUAGAGAGUCGCCGUACAUGGCUGACAUGCUAUUUCCUGGCAACCAACACUUCUAUGGCCCUCCAUCGACCGAAUCUCAUCCGAUGGACCCCGUUUAUGGAAGAGAGUCUUCAUCUUUUGCAGUCGUCGCCAAACGCUGCGCCAACGGAUGCUUACUUCUGCCAUCUGGUCUGGACACAUCACCUUUCCGAGCAAGUUAAUGUGCAGUUUUCUCUCGACGAUCCCACAUUUGACGUCCAUAUCUCAGAAAUGAGAACACAGUAUAUCCUAAAAGGGCUUGAAAAGGACCUAAAACGAUACAGAGAGAAGGUCCCCCCUGAGUUGCUUCAACCAACGCUUCUGAUAAGUUUUGGCGUCCUCAAUUUGUACAUGCAUGAGGUGGCGUUGCAGGCUCGUACAAGCGAACCUCUGCGACCUCCAUUCUCAACAAGCUCUCUCCAGGAAGGGCUUGUUGGGGGUGAUAGGCUAUCCCCAGCACAUAUCAGUGCUAUAUCCGUAUGCCUCGGUUCCAUCAAAGAAAUGCUUGGCACAUUUCUAGCCAUGGACGUUUUCAGCAUACGCUGCUUACCUGUGUUCAACUUUGUCCGGGUCGCAUAUGCUGUCGUUAUGCUCAUCAAGCUCUACUUUUCGGCCUCAGCAGCAGGCUCAGAGCUAGGCCGCGUUAUUGAUAAGGAAGAUAUGCAAGUCGGGAAAUAUCUUGACAAUCUGCUUGACAAAUUUCGCGCAACUGCAGCGGAGGAUCGUUGUCGCCCAGCAGCCAAGUUCCUUGUGGUGCUUGUUAUGCUUCGUAGCUGGUUCUAUAGACAAGCUGAGUCGGAAGCCAAAGAGUCGAAGCCACUUCCAACAGCUUCCACGAUAACACCAUCUCCUUCGCAGGCACAACAGCAGCCUCCCCUACCUGUCAAUAACUCGGCACCACAACCUUCUGACCACGCAUCUACGGCCAACACUCCACUCCAACUCCUUUCAGAAGUUGCUACUGGAGCAGGCUCCCGAAACCGUGACUCUUCAGCCAGCAGGCCUUCGAUGGUUGGAUGGGGCUCAAACAUGCCGCAGCCUCCGCAGCCCUUCUUCCAUGACACCCCCGACAACAAUUCAAGCUCUACCGCGUCUAUGCCUUACCACAACGAGCCAUUUCCUGCAGAUUUGGCUGCUGCAAUGGCGCCCGCAAUGCCAUCACUACCCCCCACAGCGGAUGGGAUGGGCGGCUAUAACUCUGGAGAUCUUCUUGACUUUGCAGGCUGGGAUCUGGAAGGCAUGGGCAUGGGAAUGGGGUCGCAGGGGAUGUGGGAAGAUGGGAUGCGUAUUUUCCUCGAGGAGCCCUGGUUUAACACCAUGUUUCAAGGCAACCCCCCAGUUGGCAACAACGCCAUGAACUUUUGAUGCCCUCCCAUAAGCCAUCCCUGCUGACAAAAAAGAUAUCGGUGGCUUUUCAUUCACGGUGUCAAUUUAUACUUUGAUUGUAUAUCUAAGCAGCUACGUCAGACUUGGCUUUCUGCAACGUGGUCCUUAUGAAGCAAUAAAACGCCUGAGCUGUUGGCGAGGUACCAAAAUCAGCCAGCCUAAGACACGCUGAGCAUACGCUAAACUUACCUUGAUCUAUUUGUCACCCAUGAUAGACAUCUUGGGUUUUCUUGCCUCACUCGAGUACUCAAUCAAAACGUCCCAAGCCAGGUUGUUUGUGUCUCGAACAGUCGGCUCACGGGACGCACCCCCCGAUAUGCAUGUGGGCUGCAGCUUGAAAUGUAUGUUUUAGGUGCAUUGGCGCCAGUGUCGAUUUGCAUGUACUCGAAGCGGUGUGAGCGUUACUUGUAGGUUCUCUGUGUGAAGAACGAAUUCACUGAAACGUUAUUCACAUGCUUUUUAGCUGGAGCCUGGACUAUGUAUUAAUUAGAUUAUGGGUCAUCACUCGCACACUUCUAAUAAAGCUGGAGACAUAAGUUCUACCGAAUGGAGGAUUUCGGUACAUGGAUUGACCGUAUGGCCUUACGACAAGACCAAUUCCAUUCAUUCUAGCUGUGGUCUAUCACAUUAUUGAUACUUGACGCCCCGGCUAUCAUCUGCUUCCAGUUCCAUGAUUAUAUAUAUAUUUUUUUUGGUCCCUGGCACAUGAUGAUCAAAGCAUCACCGUGUCCCUCGAUGUUUCUAUGCUCGGGAGCGUCGACAGCCCCUGUCCUCUCCGCACACCGUUUCCACCAGGUUCCUAGUUACAAAUAUUGGCAUAGCUGUGCUCAUAAGACGAAGCCAUAACGCCAACAACUUAUAAAGUUCAUGCAUUCCCUAUGCUUGCUCUUCUCGUGAUUUAUAAUUCGAAGC